AUGAGUGGAAUAGUUGACAAUGAACUUUUGAAAGUCAUGGGCUGUACCAGUGCCAAACAAAUUUGGGACAAGCUAUGCAAUGUUCAUGAAGGCGACGCCAAGAUCAAAGAAGCAAAGCUACAAAUUCAUAGAGCCCAGUUCGAGUGUCUAAAUAUGGUUGAAGAUGAAACUAUCGAGGCUUAUAUGUUGAGGGUUAAUGAGGCAGUCAACGCCAUUGGAGGACUUGGGGAAGAAAUCAAAGACCUUGUGAUCGUAAAGAAAGUGUUGAGAUCAUUGCCACCCCAGUUCGAUUUGAAGGUGUCUGCCAUUGAAGAAGCAAAGGAUCUUGAUACAUUUAGCAUGGAUGAACUGCACGGCUCCCUUUCAGCUUUCGAGAUGCGAAUUGACAGACCUAAAGCUACAGACAAGACGGCUGCAUUCAAGGUUCAGAAGAAAAAGAAGAUUGAGCCCAAGUCUGAUGAAGAUGAUACUAAUGCCAAUAGUGAUGAUGGUGAAACGAACUUUGUCAGAAAACUAAAGCGAGGCAAAGGCAAGUAUAGAGGUAAAUUACCAUUCAAGUGCUUCAAUUGUGGAGGUGUUGGUCACUUUGCUGCCAAGUGUCCACACAAGGACAAAGAGGCUGAUGAAGAACCCAAGCAAUUCAAAAAGAAAAAACCUUUCCUCAAGAAAGGGAAAUCAAAGAGUAAGGGACUAAUUUCUAAGCACCACAGUAGCACUUCAGAUGACAGUUCUGAAGAUGAGUCAGAUGAUGAUACUGUAGAUGAGUCACUAUUCAUGGUACUAAGUGACAUUACUGAGAAGUCUGAUGAGCACCCCACCACUUGUUCUGAUAAUGAUGAUGAGGUAGACUUAGAAGGAGAACUUAUUGUAGCUCUUGAUGAGCUAAAGACUGAAUGCAAAAGCCACAAGAAUACUACAAAGCAACUCAAGGAAGCUGAGAAGAAAAUACUUGAGAUGAAGGUUCAAAUUGAAGAGUUCAAAAAGGAUGUUGAUGAGCUUGAGACUCAACUCUCCCUCAAGUCUGGUGAUUACUGUAAGCUCGAGGAAGAAGUUGUUAUACUUAGAAACAAAGUGGAAAUAUCUGUUGAGAGCAUUCCUUCAUCCAGUGAUCCUAAAAUAGACAAACUUGAUGAGAUACUGAGCUGUCAGAGACCUGCACACAUCAAGUUUGACCUAGGUUAUGAGAGUGAGUCAUCAAAGCAGAUGGUGAAAGGCAAAGGCACUAUUGAAGAUCCCAUACAGUUGAAGAAAGUACCCCACAGACAAAACAGAAGCAAAUUGGCACACUAG